AUGUUUGGUCCACAGAGCGGCAAGCAUGGCUGGGGUGGACUGCCCUUUGUCUUCGAGCGGGUCAGGCUGAACAACGCAAGGAGAUGUGAGGAGUUCUUGAAGUGGUGGUCGAACCAGGGAUGCCGGAUGGUGGACAUGACCUGCGAGCUGCAUGAUGAGGUGGCGGCAGGCAGCCAGUUCGUGACGCAUUUCACCGGGCGCGUCCUGGAACGGCUUGCCUUGAGCAACACGCCCAUCAACACCAAGGCACCAAGGAGAUCGUUUAACUGGGUUGCUGUUAAGGAACUUAAAUUAAGUUACUAUAUUGGGGAAACCCUUUUAUUUAGUAUAUAUACCCAUUAUGGUAACUUAAUUUAA